GAACUAGACGCUGUUGGAUCUGAAUAGAAUCUGGAUGGCGGACCAGCUGCUGCAGGCACGAAAUGCCUCGGCGUCUGCUGCGAUUUCUGCAUGUUCCACGAAAUAUGUGCUAAGAAGCUUCCAAAGUCUCAUCCUUGAUGUCCCUUGCAACCAGUUCAUCGUGACAUCUCUGCCGUGUUCUAAAAAUGGGCGUUCUUGAUGACAGAACUCGGAUGCUUGUUGAAGAAGUCUACGGUAGACAAGCCUUCAACUUAAAUCUGAUAAAGGACAUUCGUGAUCCCGAGAAGCCUCAAACACUGGAAGAGCUUAGCGUUGUAUCCGAGGAAGAGAUAAGCGUGAGCACCGACCGAGACACCUACAGUUACGUAAGCGUCACCCUGAUACCGACCGUGCCUCAUUGCCACCUCGCUGCGAUUAUUGGACUCUGUGUGAGGACGAAACUGGAGGAAAACUUGCCUUACAGUUUCAAGCUGGAUAUCUUUAUCAAGGAAGGUUCUCACACAACCGCUGCUGAAUUGAGUAAGCAGAUCAACGACAAAGAAAGAGUAGCUGCAGCUAUGGAGAACAAGAACAUCAAAGACAUGGUGCAGAGCUGCAUCUCCUAUGAGACAAUGUAAAACCCUACAGAACCCUGCAGCUGGAGUCACGUAUGACCAUGAAACAUUUACUUUCCCAUUUCAGCUAGUUGUAGCUGCAAAGUAAUGAGAAUGUUUAUAUUGUCAUUGUAGUCAUGUUUCAACAUUAAAUUUGCAAAUUACAUUUAAAAAGAACAUUCUUAUUGAACUCUGAA